AUUACUGAAUCUCAGCCGUUGAUCCCUCAUCCUUUUCUGUACUCGAAUCUCUUCGCCUUCUUCCUUACUCAUCCAUCUUGCUCUGUUUCGCUCUUUCUCCUCCCCACACCCAUUCUUCUUCACUAUCUGCUGCCCUUUCUUUUUCUAUCAUUCUCUCUCUCCGUCUCUCUGUUUUCUCGCUCUUUGUUUCUCCUACAAAAAAAAAAAAAUGUCGAUCGAUUCUGCCGUUUCUAUUCUAUGGGAUGUCUUGAAGUACGUAAUUGUUCCCAUCAAGCGUCAAUUCGGAUAUGUGAUGUCCUCCAAGAGUUACGCCCUGGAUCUUGAGAAGGAAGUGGGGAAGCUGGCGUACGAGGCCGAGAUGGUCCAGAAUGCUGUGGAAGUGGCUAGAAACAAUCUUCGGAAUGUCUAUAGUCAUGUCGCGCAGUGGCAAGUAAGUGCUGAGAAGGCCUUGAAGGAGGCGCGAGACCUGUUGGACGACUUUGAAAAGGCCACAAAGACUUGCUGCUACGGGAGUCUUCCCGACCCCAAUUGUCGCUAUCAGUUCAGCAGGAAGGCCAAGCACAUGAUCGAGGACAUUCAGCGACUCGCUCAAGAAUGCAGUCAAUUCAAGGAUAUCUCUUCCAGCGGUCCAGCUCCAGGGAAUGUCGCUGCUUCGACUCCGGCCAGGAGAGAGGGCAAAGUUGUCGUCCAGUCGACCGCCGCAACGGCCUUCGCUUCUUUGGCCUCGAUGUCGAUUAAGCUUAAGGAUGACGACAUCUUCAAAUCCAGAGAAUUGAUCAUGCGAGAGAUCAUGGCCGCUCUUGCCGAUAAGAACAAUAGCGUGGUUGGGAUUUACGGGAUGGGUGGGGUCGGCAAGUCCACCCUAUUGGCGGAUGUCGAAAGGAGAAUAAGGAAAGAGAAGUCGUUUGAUUGGGUCGCUAAGGCUGACGUGUCGGAAAAUCAAGACAUCAAGAGGAUUCAAGGAGAGAUUGCGCACGCGUUGAAGCUGGACAUGAAGGAUGCAGAGUAUGUCAAUUCCCGAGCGGAGCGUCUGCGCGCGAGAUUGGAAGAUGAGGUGAGUGAGAAAAAGAAGGUCCUCAUAAUACUGGACAACCUGUGGAAGGGGCUGGACUUGAAAUCAGUGGGCAUUCCUUGCGGACAUGACAACAAAGUCAUAGGAUGCAAGUUGUUGUUGACGUCAAGAGAUCGUGAUGUUUUGCGAAGGGGUAUGGGCUGCGACAGGGACUUCCAUCUUGAUGCGCUGAAGGAGGAAGAGGGAAAGAGAUUGUUUGAGAGGACGGUGGGAGACAAAGUUCAUGAUGACCCAUUCAAAUCCUUGGUGGAUAAAGCACUCCACAAAUGUGCAGGUUUGCCUUUCCUGAUUAUUGCAAUGGCGAAUAUUUUUAAAGACGCCAAGUUUCCAGAAUGGAGGGAUGUUUUGAGACAAAUCGAGAUGUCUACAAACAAAGGAAUCAGUGAGCAGAUAAAUGAGAUGUUGCAGUUGAGUUAUGAUCGUUUGAAAGGGGAGGAUGGCAAGGAGGCGAAGUCAUUGUUACGGCUCUGUGUUGUUUAUGGUGUCUCUAAGCCCUCUCUUGAAAACUUGGUGAGGUACGGUGUGGGUUCGAGGUUAUUUCGAGAAGAUAGCAGCAUGGAAGAAGUUAGAGAUAGGUUGAGCUCACUGAUCCGGACCUUGAAAGCCUCCUCCCUUUUGUUAGCAGACGAUGAAGAUGUUGAUGGUUUCAAGAUACAUGAUUUGGUUCGUGGAUUUGUUGCCUCGGUUGCUUCAAGAGAUGACCCUCUUCUCGUGUUGAAAGAUAAUGAUAAGUCGGUGACAGAUUUGCCCAAGGACAAGCUCAAAAGUUGUACAGCAAUAUGCUUUCCCUACGUUGACAUGAAGGAGCUUCCCGAAGAGUUAGAUUGCCCUGAAAUGCAGAUCUUUUUGUUGUUCACAAACAAUGAAUCUCUUAAGGUCCCAAAUUCAUAUUUCAGCUCUAUGAGAAAGCUCAUGGUCUUACAUCUUUCUCAGGUUCGUCUCACUCGUUCACCUUCGCCGUUUAAGUUCUUGGAGGAUUUACACACUCUGUGUCUUGAUGGUUGUUUGUUAGAGGAUGUAGCCAUGAUUGGCGAGCUAAAAGGGCUACAUGUUCUCAGCUUUGUGAACUCCAAAGUUCAACGAUUGCCAAAAGAAAUUGGACAAUUGGUAGAGCUGAGGUUGUUAGACUUGAACCAUUGCUCACGACUUGAGAUAAUUGAACCGGGUGUGCUUGGAAGCUUGAUAAAAUUGGAGGAGCUGUAUAUGGAGAAUAGCUUUGAUCGAUGGAAUGCCGUGGAGCAAAGUCCACCGACUAAUGCCAUGCUUAUUGAGUUGAAUAACAUGAAGAAUCUAUACACUUUGCAUGUGUCCAUUCUCGAUCCGAGUGUUCUCCCAGAGGAUCUAAAUGUCAAGAAAUUAACUAAGUACAAAAUCCAAAUAGGUUACAUGCUGUACUGGCCAAGUCAAAAAGGAUCGAGCACAUUGCAGCUUAAGUUAGAGCCAACAAGCGAUAUUCUUCAUAAAGGAUGCAUACAAACUUUCUUAGGCAAAACUGACGAUGUAUUUUUGGACGGACUAGGCGGAAUUGAUCACAGUAUUUGCGCGUUGUCUCAAGAAGGCUUUCGAAAAUUAAAGCAUCUACACGCUGAGAAUAGUCCCUCCGUCUAUUACGUCCUCCAAUCGCCCCCCCAUACAGAUUUUAAGAAGUUGGAGUCGUUAGUUCUCAAGAAUCUCAUCAACUUGGAGAAGAUAUGCAACAACCAUAUCUCCUCCAAGUCCUUGAGUGCAUUAAAAGUAGUACGAGUCGAAAGUUGCGACAAGAUGGAAGUUUUGUUUCCUCUUUCAUUAUUGAAAGAACUUCCACAGCUUGAAGAGAUCCGAGUUGUCAUGUGCCACUUAAUGCAGGAGAUUGUGCAAGUUGAUGAUUGUGGUAAAGUUGAGUUGAGUAAUUUGCAUGUAUUAGAAUUGCGUGACUUGCGAAAUAUCAAGAACUUUUUCACCGCUGGGACGGCUGCUUCAAGUAGUACAUCAAAAGACCAAGUUGGCACUCAAGUUGCAUUCUUCAAUGGGCAACAGGUUUCAAUCCCAUCGUUGGAGUCCUUGACUAUGGUUGGACUUCCCAAUCUGGAAGAUAUAUGGACUGAUGAAUCUCCAUUAGGGCUGAGCAACCUCCAAUUUCUUAAGGUGUCUUCAUGCAAAUCUAUUUCAAAGGUUAUUUACUCUAGGUCACUGGCAAACCUACACAAGUUACACACUUUAGAGGUAGAAGCUUGUGUUUCGGUGCAAGAAAUUUUUGACCUUGACGGACUAGGCGCCAAUGCAAAUAUUGAGACUCUCUCUGAGCUAAGCACCAUCAAUAUAGAUGAUUUACCAAGCUUGAGGCACAUAUGGAACAAGAAUCCUUGUGGAAUCGUGAGAUUCCAUAAUUUAAAGCAGUUACGUGUGUCUGGUUGUAACAACCUCGUGUUUCUAUUUUUGCCAUCCGUGGUUCAAUCUCUCUCACAAUUGAGAGAACUAAAGGUAUUAGAUUGCAAGAAGAUGGAGGCGAUCCUUAUGGAGGAAGAAGGGUUAAGAACAGAAACUCUAGUAUUCCCGAUGUUAACCAAUUUAGUCCUUGCAAGUUUGGAAAGUUUGACGUGCUUCUCUCGCAGAGAAUGUUCACGAGAAGCUCAGAGUGAGGACUGCGUCAAAUCGUGCUCUACUACCCUCUUCAAUCAAGAGGUUGCAUUUCCUAGCUUGGAGACAUUAGACAUCUAUGGCAUGGAUAAUAUUGAGAUAAUAUGGGACAAUCAAGUUGCUGCGGAGUCUUUCCACAAACUGAAAUCGCUCAGUGUUUAUCAAUGCAAUAAGCUAGUGAACAUCGUUCCUUCUUGCAUUCUUGGUCGGCUCAAGAGCCUGGAAAGUUUGGACGUACGAUCAUGUGGUUCGCUUGAAGUUGUUUUCAACCUUCAGCCGCUAAAUCCUCUAGAUGGACAUCCCAUUGCUCGCUUUCCGUUAAAAAAGCUAAACUUAGAUGGAUUACCAGAGCUAAAGUGUGUAUGGGAUAAGGAACUCCACAGCCAAGUCAAAUUCCAGUGUCUCCAUUCUGUUACCAUUUCCAGAUGCAAGAGCCUCGCCUCUCUGUUUCCAGCCUCAGUAGCAAUACAUCUAACCCAACUUGAGGAGUUAGAGAUCAAUGAAUGUGGCAUUGUGGAACUCAUCGAGAAGGAAGGACCAGUUCUUGAGGCUGUCUUCCCAAAGUUAACCUCCCUCCAGCUUAAGUAUCUAACAGAGUUGAAGUGCAUCUACACAGGAACACAUGCUUUACGUUGGCCAGCAUUGAAGACCUUGGAGGUGCAUGGCUGUAACAAAGUGGAGACGCUUGCUUCGCAACCCAAUAAUGAGAUGCCACUUCAUAAACAACCUCUGUUCUUGAUAGAAAAGGGCGCAUUCCCAAAUCUAGAAGAGUUAAAAUUGGAUUUAUUCGAACGGAUGGAGAUAUGGAAUGGACAUUUUCAUGAUGGAGAAUUCUUCUGCAAGCUAAGAGUUGUUGAGCUUCAUCAUUGCUCGCAGGAAUCUGCUAUAUCCACGUAUCGUUUUGUUCAAAGUUUAACCAACUUGGAAAAGCUGGUUGUAUGCAAAUCUUAUCUAGAAGAGCUAAGCAUCAUUAUGAAAGCCAUAGAAGGUCCAAGUCAUGAGCAAAAAGUACUAUUACCCUUUUCAAGAUUCUAUCAAAACCUCAAGACUCUAGAUGUGUCACGUUGUGAUGGGUCAUCCAAUAUGUUUACAUCGACAAUAGUUGGAAAUUUGGUAAAACUCACAAAAUUGAGGAUAAGUAACUGUAAAAAGUUGACAGAAGUCAUUUGUGACGAGGGAGGUGAGGAGGGGCUUGUGCUGGCUUUCAAUCAAUUGAAGUAUAUGGAGCUUGAUGGGUUGACAGGGUUGAGAUGUUUCAGCUCAAUUAAAUAUACUCUGAAGUUCCCUCUCUUGGAAGAUGUCAUUGUGAGUGGAUGUCCCAGCAUGAAGUUCUUCUCUAGGGGACCAAUAGAGGCACCAAAGCUGGAGAGAGUACAAGUAUCAACGGAAGCUUGGUUUUGGAAGGGAGACCUCAACAUCACCAUCCAAAAUAUGUUUGAAGAAAUGGCUACGGUUGCUGGAAUAGAGUUUUUGUGGCUGUCUGAGUUCCCCGAGCUGAUUGGAAAAUGGCACAGCGAACUUAAUCCCAUCAAGUUAUCUUGGCAAUUACAAUCACUGACGGUGGAUAAAUGUCCAUCAUUUAUUAAUGUUAUUCCAUCCAGAUUGAUGCUUCUCUUACACAACGUGAGAAGAUUGCAGGUGCACGAUUGCGAGUCGCUGGAAGAAAUAUUCGAUCUUGAAGGAUUGAAGGCGGUGGAAAGCACUCGGGUGCUGCCUAGGUUACGGUAUCUAGACUUGGUCAAUCUACCAAAGUUGAGGCGACUAUGGAACAACGAUCUUCAAGGGACAUUGCGCUUCAAUAGUAUAUUUAGUCUUACCCUUUAUAAUUGUGGUAACUUGACACAUGCUUUCACUCCAUCGAUGGCUCAGAGCCUUGCCAAUCUAUGGUGGAUGGAAAUAAAGGAGUGUGGUCAGAUGGAAGGAGUGAUCGCAGAGGAAGAAGGGCAGGGAAGCUUAAUGGAGAAGAUUACAUUCCUGAAUCUCCGUUGGAUGGAGCUGGAAUGCUUGCCCAAUUUGACUAGUUUCCUCUCGGUGAAGAAUCAUACGUUGGAUUGUCCCAAAAUAGAAUAUCUGACAAUUGCCCACUGCCCCAACAUGAGAAGUUUGACUUGGCAAUCUUUGACGGAGAUUGACCACCACACUCCUUCGCUCUUCACUCUACAGAAGCAAAAAAGCAAACCAAUCUUCUUCUUACUCUGUCCUCCACUGUUGUUUGGAAAUGCCAUCGAGCUUGGCGUCUUCAUGAUCUCGACCAAGCCAGACGAUUGCGAGAUCCGCUGCGCAUCGACCUUGAGCCCUAGAUCUGGAGGGCUCGAUCUUUGCUGCAGCGUCGACCAUGAGCAUCCGGAUCUGGAGGGCUUGAGCUCCGUUGUGGCAUGGAGUUAGGUUAAAAGUCUUUAAAAAACGAUUUGGGUGUUCUGAUCUAUAUCUUUUAAACCCAUUAUGCUCCCCGAAAUCAACUCGCAAGUUCCUUUUUUCUAUUCUUUUUUGCCCUUUUCCAUGAGUUAAUUUCAAUCUACUAUAUAAUAUAACUAACGGAUGGUAAAUCAACUCAAGUUCGAGUUCGUCACCUUCAAGUUGAAGCGCAAAAAAAUUUAGCAGUUGUAUGCAAGACAAUAUGACGGAAAGCACUCUCUAGCGUACCUGCCAGAAGGAAGUGUUCAUUUUCUGGUGCAAUGCAAUCAGCUCCAAGAUUGAGUCCGAUUUAGUCAGGAAGCGAAACUUUUCUUAGAGAUUGAAGAGGAAAGCAUGGGAUUGGGUUAAGGAAGAUGAUGAACAGCGAACACAAAAAGGAAAAUAAUUCAUAAAAUUAUGCAAAAUGACAUCAUUUUGAUUCAAUUUGUCCACGUCACAUUACUGGUAGUGCCACAUAAGACGGUGGGUGCUGACUGAACUGCCACGUGAGCGAUUUUCCGGCCAAAAUUGACCGGAAUGACUUUAUUGGCAAAACGUCAAAAUGUUUAAGACUAAAUUGACACAAUUGAAAAAUUUAAGAUUGAAUUGGCACAAAUGUAAUAAGUUUAGUUCUUUUUGGACAAUUUUCCAAAUUGUUACCUUACAAACCAAUUGCAAGCAACUUUUUGUUUUUUUAAUAUUCAAAUUGAGAGAACUUUCCAGGAAGUCAUCACGGAAACUUUCCAAAAAUUAGAGGGAGAAGGCGUUACCAGUAUUGAAUGUGAAAUAAGCCAAUUAAAAGUGAAUGUUCAAUGUACUAUUGAUUAUAAAUUGAAUUUAGGAGAGGUUGCCGUCGAAGUAGAACAAGGAGGAAAUACAUGUACACACCACCAUCUAAUUUUUCGAAGAAUACAAGUCAAUUUUCAAAUUUACUUUCAUUGAAUUCAGAUUACCCGAGCAAAUAUCUUUACCAAAUUUGUUUUAAAUUUCAUCAUUUCUUAGAAAGGCAAUAAACACAUACCAACUGUUCAGGUUAGUCUAUUUUUCCAUCACUCCUCUUUUUGUUACAGAUUCUUUACAGGUUUUAACUAUUGCUUUCUUUUCUGACGGAGGAAAUGCUUGAGUUUUUUUUCUUAUUCUAAUGCUUUUGCCCAAUUUUUAUUUUUUUUAUUCUUAUGUCUGAGUAGAACGUUUCAUCAUAACUAGCAUCCAUACUUCUGUUUACUCUUUAACGAUAAGAGUUACUACUAGUUGUGCAUUUACUUCUAAUGCCAUUAAUAUGUUGGAAUACUUCCAAAAGCCAUCAUAAUACUCAUUUUAGAAUACUAAUAGAUAGAGAAGUAUGAAACUAGUCACCUGAUUUUUUUGCUAGUGACAAGUUGCAUUAACGUUAUUUUAUUUAUUUGUCGAUUAUAAGGUAUCCCCCACAUUUUUUAAAAUAUUUCAAAAACUCAUAAUAAUCCUCAAUUUAGAAUAUUAAUAGAUUUAGGGAAUUAUGGAAAUAGUCAUUCUGUUUUUUGGUAUUGAUAAGUCGUAAUUGCGUUAAUUUUAUUGAAACCAUAUAAAAAAAUGUCAAUACUCGCUUCUCGGUAGACAAGUCAUAAGAGCUCAUAACAUCGUUGAUUUUCUGCAAACAAACAUAAUGUGCUCAUAGGGAUCAUUUGACUAAGGCGGAUAUGUUGGUGGAUCAUUCGUUACUUGUAUGAAUCUUUUUCCAUGGUAUGUGGACUUAGGGAACUGUGGAUAUAUGCAUUUGGUAAUUGAGAUUGUAGCAUGUCGUAAUUUAAUUAGUUUUAUCAUAAUGACAUGAAAAUUCCAUACCAGCUCUUAAAUGAACAACUCAUAGCAGCUCAUACAAUGGCUUCAUUUUUUUCGUAUCACAAUCUAUUUUGGCAUAACACGUUUCAUUUGUUCAUGAAGACUAAUUGCAUUUGCCUAGGGAUCCUUGUUUGUGUAAGAAACUUGCCUUAAAAUUUCAUGUCAUGUGAAAUUUUCAGCAAAUUGCAAAAGUAUUCAUGUGGUAUUUGAGGUUGUAAUUGCAUUCUUUGGGUCUUAACUCAUUGAAAAAUAUUGUCCCAUCUUUUUUAUACAUGAGUAUUAACAGGUGGUACGAACUGUAAGGUAAUUUAUUUUGUCGACCUGCAUUUCGUGCUUGUUCCAAUGCAAUAUACUCGGCCUUAGUCAUCAGUCAAUUGAAAAGAAAGCAUCAAGCAACACCUCCUUGAUGGUGUCACUAACAAGUUCUAGAAUGUUAUAAUUUGCGAGAGGAAGGGAAGUUUGCAAAUUCCUUCUUUGAGGUCAUAACUCAAUAUAAUCAUACUUAGUGUCAUUUUUUCAAUAUGGCAGGUACAAAUUCCGUGGCUUCAGUCGAUGGUUCUCUCCCACAUGGACAAUUUAAGCAAAA